CUUAAUGUCUAAGGAAGAGCACAGGUGGAGGAGUUUGUUUCUGAGCUUCAGCCAAGAAGAAGAGUGCUGCUCCAGUCUCUGAAGUCCAUCUUCCCAUCUGCAUAUCAUGUGUCGCAAACUCAGACGACCAGUGGUUGCAGUCUCCUGCUUUUUAAUUUUCCUUUAUUUAUUGAUGCAGUUAGCAGGUGUAGUGAGAGUGAGUGGACCAGUCUUACCUGUUGAGCCGUUCCUGCGUACAUCAGGUUCAAAAUGUUUACCUGGUUUUUACACCAAGGAGGAGCUGGAGCCUCACUUUCGCAGGCCUCCCCAAAAUGCCAGUGCACCAGGAGCAAAUGGCGAAGCCUUUGUUAUGACACAUAAACUGACUCUGGAUGAAGAAUAUGAGAAGUUAUUUGGGCUCAAUAACAACCAGUUCUACCAGUUUGCCAGUGAUCGUAUCUCGCUGCAUCGCGAUCUUGGCCAUGACACCCGGAACACAGAUUGCCUGGAACAAAAGUUUUGGAGAUGUCCUGGUCUCCCAAAAACGUCUGUGAUCAUCGUGUUCCAUAAUGAGGCCAUGUCCACUCUGAUGAGGACAGUCUACAGUGUCUUACACACAGCGCCUGCUGCUCUGCUCACAGAGAUCCUACUGGUGGACGAUGCCAGCACAGAUGACAAUGACCUGAAGACUCUCCUGGAUGAACACGUACAGCAGCUGAAGAUAGUGCGCGUGUUACGACAGACACAGAGAAGAGGCUUGGUUGCUGCCAGACUGCUGGCAGCAAAGGCUGCACAAGGAGAGGUCCUCACCUUCAUGGAUCCCCACUGUGAAUGCUUCAAUGGAUGGCUGGAGCCUCUUCUAGCACGUAUAUCGGAGCAGCGCAGCACUGUGGUCAGCCCACUCAUCUCCGUCAUUGACCAAUACAAUCUUAAGUUCCAUAAGCCGUUCCUUCAGCUGCAGUAUCACAUUAGAGGGAAUUUCGACUGGAACCUCACGUUUGGAUGGGAGCGCAUUCCUGAGGAAGAGAAGAAGAGGAGGAAGAACGAGACAUAUCCCAUUAGAACACCCACCUUCUCUGGAAUUGUGUUCUCUAUAUCUAAAUCAUACUUUGAGGAUAUUGGGACUUAUGACGACCAGAUGUUCUGCGGCGGUGAGAAUUUGGAAUUGUCCUUCAGGGUCUGGCUGUGUGGAGGUCAGCUAGAGAUCAUUCCCUGUUCUGUUGUCGGCCACAUUUUCCGAGAAAACAGCCCCCACACCAGCUGUAAUGAAACUAUCGCCCGCAACCUAGUGCGUCUGGCUGAGGUCUGGCUGGAUCACUACAAAUGGGUCUUCUAUCGUGAAAACAGAAAUGCAGCUGCAGUUUUUCUAAAGAGGUCCUUUGGAGAUGUUGGUGAACGUCAUAAACUCAGGGAGAGAUUAAAGUGCAGGAACUUUGCUUGGUACCUGCAGAACAUUUACCCAGAGGCCAAUGUCGCUCACAUCCCGCCUCCCAUCCAUCAACUGGCCAACAACUUUACCAGCAUUGGAUAGUCUCUCGAAUGUUUGCAGUUGUAAAACAUGCAACUGCACUUUCAUCCAAAGAGAGGUUGCAGACCCCUGCACUUGUUUAGUGCAGGGGUCUGUAUAGUUCUACAUGUAAAAAAUGCAUAUAUGUAAAUAUAUAUAUAAGAAAUAUUGUCUUAAAUUAGUCUCAAAAUAAGAAAAUAAGAGGACAUGCAAGGUACAUCUUUUGAAGAAGGUUAAACUCUGUUGGAACACAUUUAUAUGUCAUGCAGAUUGUUUGCUGGCUCAAUUUCUUUUCAAUUAUAUCUACUUUUGGUGUGUUGUGAGAGCA